AAACGAUUUAUAAAUAAAUCGCACACUAUUUUAGUUUGACAACGAAAUCGGUGCAUGGCAAACGUUUAAACUUGGUGGAUUGCUUGAGGACUCUGCUCGCGCGACCCACAGGCGCAGGGUCAGCCUCAAUCUCAAUCUCAAUCAAAAUCAAAAUCUCAAUCACAAGAUGUCCAUACUGGAUAUGAAGGCCGGUCCGCCGGAUUAUUGGUCGGAAGUGUGCAAUUUCUUUUUGCCGCUCAAGUAUCUAAUCACGAACGAUCGUUUCGAUGCACUUGUGCAGAAUAUCGACUUGCAUUACCUGAUCAAUGCGGUCUUCUGGAUAUUUGUGGCGUUAUCCUGCGGCUUCUAUGGCUUUCAACGUGUCUUCCAGUUCUUUCUCAAGUCGUCGAACGUCAAGUAUUUUAAACGAAAGCAAUUUGCUCGCUUAAUAUGGAAUAUUGCCUUCUAUUCGGCGUGCUGUCUGUUUUUGCACUUUUAUAAUGAGUUUAUGAUACUGCCGCAUCUGAUGAAGAACCAGGGACGCUACUCGCUCUUCCAUAGCUCCGAUAAUCUCAUCUUUUACCGCUCGCAUCAAUAUGAGAAAUUUCAGUUUUAUUCGAUAUUCAUCAUUACGUUCUAUCUGCAUGGGGCAAUGCUGGACUUUAAGGAGGCUGACUUUCUGGAGGCUGCAUCCAAGGGACUCUACCUGGUCGCCCUCAUCGCCAUUGACGUGUACAGAUAUGAGAACUAUUUUGUUGGCCUAAAUCUCACACUGGGCCUGUACAGCAUACUGGCCGAGUGCCUGUCCCUGGUGGCAUUGCAGAACUCCAAUCGUAAUCGCGUCAUCUAUCAGAUAUUUAUGGGACUGCGUAUAGCUGCUUGGGUGCAGGUGUUUAUCAAUCAGCUGCCCUUUAACUAUUUCAUACCUACGCUAUUUGCCAAGAACUUUAAGCUGACACUGAAUGUGGCCAUUUGGCUGUGGUAUGGCCUAUCCAUUUGGAAUUCUCCAGUAUUGCAAUACUUCUAUCAUCAGAUCUAUCAUACAACGCCCUCCGAUUGCUCCGGCGAGGGAUCAGCGGCUAAAUGCAUCUUGUUGAAGGAUACUAGUGAGUAUCGACACUACAAGACCCUUAAAAGAGCAUACAUUGAGGUGAAGCUCGCCCAUGAGAAGACCACGUCCAAUCCGCUGCCAGCCACGGAAUCCGCCUCGGCCAAAACCUAUCAGGCCAUUAAGUGCGUUAUGAUGCUGAAGCGAAAAUUGAAGCGUAUACGCGAGGGACGUGGUGCCGAGCCGGAGGAUGAUACGGAGGAGCUCAGUGGCGAUUCUUAAGAUUGUUGCUGUUUGCGAUUUUCACAAAACCAAAUACUUUGAUUCUUCUGCUUAUAAAAGACAAAGCCCUAGGCUAGGCGCUUCUUGCGCUGCUUUCCAAACUACCUCCCAAGUCUUAAACAUCACACACACACAUACACACCCAUUCACAUAUCCAUUCACACACUCAUUCACACAUGCACAUACACAAGCGCUCUCUAUGUAGCACCUAGUUCUCAAUUAUAAAAAAUAUGUACUAUAUAUCUCGCCCAGCUCGUUAGCAAUUAAUUAUUUAUGUACUUAUGAGAAUAUACGUACAAUUUAUGCAACCAUAAAAAAA